GAAAAAAUUUCAUCCUGGAAUCAUUAUUCUAAAAGAUUCGAAGAUAAGGUUAUAGAACUUAGAUCCAAAGACAAAAAUUUUAAGGAUAAAAUUGCAAGAGUUCAAAUUUAUAAUAAAAUGAGACUAUACCUUACAGGCAUUACUGAUGAAUAUUUACACAAGAUAACAAGCAAAGCAAGAAAAAUUAAUAAGUUAUUUGGAUAUAAUUACGAUUCUGUAACUUUAAAAAAGAAUAAAGAUCAAAUAACUUCAGCGCAAGUUGGUAUAAAAACUGUGAACACCGUUCACGAUCAGACAAAAACUGAG